AUGUAUAAGAAUCAAAUUGGAGAUGUUAAAUCUACAAAUAAUAUUGAUAACCAAUUGGCAAGGACAUUUGAUCGUCUUACCGAACUAGAACUAUUUCGAAUAGUUCUUCUUAUUCCUAGAUUGCUUAGUAUUACAACUAAUAACGGAACUACUUCGGCUUCAUCAAGGAUACCUGAAAAUCCAGUGAAAUCAUGGGAUAUUUUUCUUGCUGACGCAUUUUCAGCUUAA